GGGAGGUAUUUUUAUAUUAAGGACACUUCUCAUAUACCCAAUGUGUUGAAGUUUGAGUAUGAUAAUGCGCGAGAGGCGAGGAGCAAACUGGCUGCCAAGAGUAUCUGAUUGAUGAAAGCGCAUUCGGGCACAAAUGCCGACUUGGACAUUUGUUUUAGAUGAAUCAUCAUGUCGAAUAGGCACAAAUGUUUGUAAGUGUCGGGUUUUGCAAGUGGAGCAGAAGCCACAUUCUGAGGUUAUGGACACGGGUCCGUUGAAAGCAGAACCCCAAUCCGAACUGCGAAAACUUCCAUGGUGCUCCAAUCCGAACUGCGAAAACUUCCAUGGUGCGUUGCGGAUACUACUUGCUCAGAGGGAUUUGAGUAAAUCUUGCUCAGCUACCUUCAUCCACGUACGUACUCAUCGAAUUCCAGCCGGCCCUAUCUCAUUAGGCAUGGAGGAGACACCGAAGAAACUGCUCAUACUCUACGCAACUCAAACCGGAAACGCUGUAGAGGCCGCUGAGCGGGUGGGUCGUGAAGCCGAGCGCAGAGGCUGCUGUCCGGUCCACCUCCUUUCCGUGGACCGAUACGACGCUGGUUGCUUAGCUCAAGAGGAGGGCAGCAGAACUGUAGUAAUUUUUGUCGUUUCAACCACAGGCCAGGGGGUUACUCCUGAUUCCAUGAACGGAUUUUGGAAUUUUCUUCUGCGGAGAAACCUAAGUGGGCAAUGGCUUCAAGGACUUCAUUAUGCUGUUUUCGGGUUGGGUGAUUCCGGUUACCAGAAGUUUAAUUAUGUUGCAAAGAGGCUUGACAGAAGACUUUUGCAGCUUGGGGGAACCCCUAUCGUCGAAAGAGGUUUAGGAGAUGAACAGCACCCAUCAGGGUACGAAGCUGUUUUGGAUCCUUGGAUGACAUCUUUGUGGAAUAUGUUGAAUGAAAUCCAUCCCAACUACUACUUCCCAAAUGGCCCAGAAUUUUUUAUACCAGAUGACAAGGUUAAGGAGGCUCAACCGAAAAUUCGGAUUCUGUAUCAUGAAAUCGACAAAUUGGAUUCACAACUCUCCGCCACUUCAGACUUGAAUCAUCAGGCCGCGUUGUUGCACAUUGAAAGGGCUCGCAAAAUGUCUCCAGGAAAGUUCUCAUCUCAUGACGAGAAUAAGCCCGACUGCUUUCUCAAAUUGGUGAAAAAUGAACGACUUACUAAAUCAUCUGGCAGUAAAGAUGAUAAAGAGGUGCAUCACUUGGAAUUUGAAUUUGUUUCCCCUGCUAUUGAAUACGAUGUCGGUGACCUCCUUGAGGUUGUUCCCUGUCAAAACCCUGCUGCAAUAGAUGAUUUCAUGCUUCGUUGUAAUGUGGACCCUGAAUCAUUCAUCAGCGUCCAUCCUUUGGACGCGGAGAACCAGCUUCCUGGUGCUUGUAGUAUUGCCGCCAUCAAAUUGAAAGCCUUUGUUGAAUUGACAAUGGAUGUUGCAUCUGCUUCUCCUCGACCCUAUUUCUUUGAGGUAAUGCAUAUGUUUGCAACAGAUGAACAUGAAAAGGGAAUACUUGAACAUUUAGUGUCACCUGAAGGGAGAACCGUUCUGCACAAAUACAUUCAUAAGGAACGGAUGACAGUAAACGAUGUAUUGAAGAAGUUUCCCUCCGUUCAAAUCCCCUUUGAAUGGCUGGUGCAGGUGGUUCCUCCUUUGAAACCAAGAGCUUUCUCCAUCUCUUCGUCCCCUUCAGCUCACCCGAAUCAAGUUCACUUAACAGUGACUGUCGCGUCAUGGAGAUCACCCCUUGGACGCAAUCGAGCAGGUCUCUGCUCAAACUGGCUAGCAAAGCUUGAUGCCAAACAAGAAGUUUAUGUACCAGUGUGGUUUCGAAAAGGUUCCCUUCCUCCCCCACCGCCAUCUCUUCCUCUCAUUCUCAUCGGACCUGGAACCGGGUGUGCACCUUUUCGUGGAUUUGUGGAAGAAAGGGCCAUACAAAGUUUGAAUAGUACAAGAACUGCUCCAGUGAUGUUCUUCCUUGGCUGCAGAAACAAAGACAAGGAUUUUUUAUACAAAGACUUUUGGUUAUCUCAUUCCGAAAAUGGUGGGAUUCUUUCGGAAGCAAAGGGUGGAGGGUUUUAUGUUGCCUUCUCAAGGGACGACCAGUCACAUAACAAGGUCUAUGUGCAACAUAGGAUGCGGGAACAUAGCAAAAGGGUGUAUGAUUUGUUGAGGCAUGGAGGAGCUGCUAUCUACGUUGCCGGUUCGGCUACAAAAAUGCCGGCAGAUGUAUUAUCUACAUUCGAGGAAAUUAUUGCUAAAGAGAGUGGGCUUCCACAGGAAUCAGCAGUAAGAUGUCUUAAAGAUAUACAAGAUGCUGGCAAAUACCAUGUCGAAGCAUGGAGUUAGUUGAGCAUCGCUGCCACUGUCACUAGCUUUGAAUUUGCCAUCCGCUGGCAGGAGUAGUACUAUAGGAUCAUAUUUUCCUUACAACUAUUGAAUAAAGUUGUGAUUUUCAUUUUUUGGUUAAAAGUUAACUUAAUCCUUAUGA